AAGUCGGAAGAAUCCUGGGAGGCUGAGCGUUCCAAAGAAAGUUACAUUCCAGGCUCGGAGCGGCAGCCACAAGCCGGAGCCCGGCGGCCCCUUUUCUCAGGGAGGCGGUGGCUCUUCCAAGCCCUGGCGGAGCGAGGGCGAAGAGAGGAGGCGAAGGACGGGGGGGUUUCCAGUGGGGGCCGAGAAGAUGAAUCGGAGUUUUAAUAAAUCUCAGAGUCUGCGGUAUUUUGGUUAUAGUGCGGUGGAAGUUAAAAGUAAGUUUGGUGCAGAAUUUCGAAGAUUUUCUCUGGAUCGUUACAAGCCAGGAAAAUUUGAAGAUUUCUACAAACUUAUUCUUCACAUCCAUCACAUAUCCAAUAUGGAGGUAAUGAUCGGAUAUGCUGAUAUACAUGGGGACCUUCUUCCCAUUAAUAAUGAUGACAACUUCUUCAAGGCUGUUUCAAGUGCAAACCCACUGCUUAGGAUUUUUAUACAGAAACAAGAUGAAGCUGACUAUGGGAACUUUGGUUCAAACACCUUAACCAGGAAGAAGAAAGCUCUGGUGACUCUUCGGAAUGACAACCUUCGCAGACGACCCCAUGUUAAUAUCAGCAUGCCUCAGGACUUUAGGCCGGUGUCAUCCAUCAUUGAUGUGGACAUUCUCCCUGAAACACACAGAAGAGUAAGAUUGUAUCGACAUGGGUGUGAGAAGCCAUUAGGAUUUUACAUUCGUGAUGGGACAAGUGUUAGAGUUACUCCUCAUGGGCUGGAAAAGGUACCUGGCAUUUUCAUCUCACGGAUGGUCCCUGGUGGUUUAGCUGAGAGUACAGGCUUGCUAGCUGUCAAUGAUGAAGUCCUUGAAGUGAAUGGCAUCGAGGUGGCAGGAAAAACCCUAGACCAGGUAACGGACAUGAUGAUUGCCAACAGCCACAAUCUCAUCAUCACUGUCAAGCCAGCAAACCAAAGGAACAAUAUUAUCAGAAGCAGUCGGAUGUCUGGGAGUUCUGGCCAGUCUACAGACAGCACUGCGAGCCACCACAGUUUGCCUUCCACUCACGUCUUGCAGAACUUCCAUCCUGACGAAAUGGAGAGUGAUGAGGAUGCUGACAUUGUAAUUGAGGGCUGUCUGGAACCCCAGCCUAUUCCAAAAUCACACAGCCUGCCCUCUGGUAGCCUUUCUCGACUUAAUGGCAACAGUCUUAGCCACAGAAUACAAAGGGAUAUACUCAAUAACAGCUUGGGACGAGAAAGCAAUGGCAAUAUUCACAAAAUUCUAAGUUCCUUAAAAACUGAUCCUCGGCACAGCUUAGUUAUUCCCAAAGGGGGCAUUGAAGAAGACGGAACAGUGAUAACGCUUUAGUCAGCAUUGGAGAAGGCGUGUUGCUAGUCUGGAGUGCCACCUGGAACAAAUCUAACCACGUCAUUGAAGACAGAGAACCUUCAUUCUCAUAGACCUUCUGAUAUGUAAAAAGUCUUACUGUCCAAGAAGGAUGGUUUUCACAAUUAGACAUAAAAGUGUUACCUAACCCAUGAAAAAGUGUAAAUAUGAUUUCUGCUGCCAAGGAAAGAUUAGGGCGAUCUGCUUUUCAUAUUUUUUUGAAACUCCCCUGGUUGGGUUAGAGAAGUGUCUAUUAAAUGCCAUAUUUCCUGCAUGUAUGGAGAUAUCCUGAGAGACGUACAUGUUAAAUGAGUUUUUAUUUUGAUGAUUUAAUAGCAAAACACAGUAAACGUGGAAUGGGCAUUCACAAGUUAGUUUUUGAGAACUAUUAUUAAACUUUUGAGAAAUGAUUUUCUGCCAUUAGAUCUUGCUCCCUGGCUUGUUUACACAGAAAACUGACUGUCUGACUCUAUUGCACCUAAAUCAGGAAGGGGCUGAUUUCCUAAAGGAAAGGGAUGCUGCAUUUAACAUAUUUUUCUCUCUCUUGUUUUCUUUUUGGAACAACAUUUUGACCAAAUAAUUUUGUUUUAUAUAUGUAUUUUUUAAAGUGGGAUGGAGAUGGAUAUUGCUGGCAUGAUUUUUUUAAAAUCAGCACCACCUGCUGGACACUGGUAGUACUGUUUGAAUAUGCUUUUUCUGUACUGUAUAUGAUAUAUGCGAGAAACAGGCAGCAUGGAAACUGGUGUAAUUAAUGCACCAUUCAAAAUGGUGGUGUGUAUUUUCUUUUUAUUACUAAAAUAUUUAUUAGAAGAAAGUUCCAAUUUUAGUAAUCAUGGUUUCACUGUCUGCUUACAGUAACAGUACUAAGUAAGCAAAUAAAGUAGAGUUGCUUAGACACAUUAUGACUGUGCUCUAAUGCUCCAUGAGACUUUCAUCUAAAUUUGUCUUACUAUUUAGAAUUAACUUGAAUCCACAGAGACUUUAAUCAUGAAAGCUGGUUUUCUAUUUUGGUACAUAUCAACCAACCUCCCAGUCUAGUUUGUUAGACCAUGUUUCUGCCUAGAAUGUUACACUUCAGCAACACAUUCAGGUUAACUAGAAAGACUGUCACAGUGAUCAUGGUUACUUACAAACUACGUCAAUAACAGGCUUUUCCAGAAGAAGGUUUUGCUCCCAAAUUUGCUUUUCUGUUCCAUAAUGGUCCACAAAGUUGUGAAAAUGGUUUAAUAGAAUUUUUUUGAACAAAUAUGUGACAUGUCUAGCAACAAAAUAUAAUUGUUUUACAAUGUAUUUUUCUACUUUUAGCUUUGUCAUUUUCUUUGUUUUUUACUGUGUAGUAUUGUGAAUUAA